GCUAGUCAAGGAUAAUCAUUUAGGCACAACGGUCUCAGGCUGCAAUAGGUACCAGCAACAGUGAGUAGAAGAAUCGUAUCAUGUUAUCUGCUUCGACCCAAAUAUCGAGAGUCAGGCAGCUGCAACAAGCGUUCAGUGUCCUAGCUCUGCUCAACAUAAACUCCAAUAUUUACCCUGAAGAUGCGACCGUUUCCAGUGGUGACAUGUUUGACUAUGUGGUGGUUGGUGGUGGAACUGCUGGACUUGUGGUGACCACCAGGCUGGUGGAAGCUAAUUACAGUGUCCUGGUGAUAGAAGCUGGUGAUAUUCCUGGUGUGGAAAGUCUUAAUCCUGGUCUGGUACAAUACAUUAAAAACUCCCGCAUAGACUGGAACUAUACGUCAGAACUUAACUGUCGAACAGAUAGCUGUCUCAAAGCUGAUGGUGGAUCCUUUUAUGGAAGAGGUAUCGGAGGAACAGGAAUUCUAAAUUACAUGAUAUAUGGACGAGGAAAUGAACGAGACUACCAUAACUUUUCCGAAGCCACAGGCGAUCCAUCCUGGGAAUAUAAAAAUAUGCUUAAGUAUUUUAAAAAGAGUGAAAAAUUAAAAAACAAAGAAAUUCUCAAUUCUCGAUUUGGACAAUUUCAUGGCACUAAAGGUGAAAUUGGAAUAACACAAGAAGAUCGUCCUUUUAUAGAUAAAUACUUAAAAGGUUUUGAAGAAGCUGGAGAAAAGGUAGUAAUCGAUAAUGUUGGUCCUGGUAAAGGACUAGGAUAUUCAAGGUGUCUCUACACAAUCUUUAAUGGAAAGCGAAAUGAUGCUGGUAGUGAAUAUUUGAAUUCUAUAAAAGACAACCCAAAAUUAUAUGUAACUAGAAACAGUUUAGCAACAAAAAUCAUUUUUGACAAGGACAGAAAUGCUAUUGGCGUUGAAUUUGUGAAACAUGAAAAAAGAAUUACUGUGAGAGCAAAAAGGGAAAUUUUAGUUACUGCUGGACCAGUGAAGUCGCCUCAGCUUCUUAUGUUAUCAGGUAUUGGCCCAAAAGAAGAAUUGCAGAGAAUGAAAAUAAAUGUGCUAUCAAACCUUCCAGUAGGGAAGAGUCUACAGUGUGUAGUAGGAGCAUUCAUUGAUUUCAAAACAAAUAUUAAAGCAAACCCUCCUCCGUUUGACCCCAGUAGGCUUCCAGCUCCUAUUAUAUUAGGCUACUCAGCUGUGAAUAAAAGCAGUGAAUUCCCAGACUAUGAGACACAAAACUUCAUCAUCGACGACCCUGCGUAUUUUCUUACAUUAUGCUCAUUUACUUUAAAACUCAAAAACUGUAUUUGUGACAGACUCCUUGAAUCAUCAAACAACACCCAGAUGAUGGUGUCAAUCUUACUGAACAUCAAUUCAAAAUCACGUGGAAGUGUCUCUUUAAGGAGUACUGAUCCCAAUGACGAGCCAAUUAUAGAAUAUGGCUUUUAUGAUAAUGAAGAUGACUUAAAUGAAAUGAUAACAAACCUUCAACAUUAUACAAAAAUUGAAAACACUCCUUAUUUCCAAGACCUUGGGUUAGAAUUUAUGGAACCAACACCGGACUGCAGGAAACAUGAGUUCGGAUCGAGGAAGUACUGGCGAUGCUAUGCUUUGUGCAUGAUUGCUCUGACAGGACGCACUGCAAGUACCUGUGCUAUGGGCUCAGUAGUGGACACAAACCUACGUGUGUACGGAGUGAAUAAACUACGUGUAAUUGGGUCUACUGUUAUGCCUAAUACUUUGGGAGGAUCUAUUUUUGCCCCUGAGGUAGCCCUUGCAGAAAAGGCUGCGGAAAUGAUUGUUAACGAUCGCAUAUGUACGUAAGGGUGUAAUACUGUAAACAUUUAUUAAAAUGGAUUGCUUAAAA